AUGGGAGGAAGUCUCGCUGGGCUUGGCUUUGCAAUGCAAAAGUCAUUCGGCCGGCCAAGGAAACACCAGGAAGAAACCAUCGGUUUCUCGGCCUUUUCACUACUCCUCCUCCCUCGGGUUGUCUCGCGCGGUGUCCGCGCCUUAGGCUACCUUACGUCUCGUCGCGCCAGGCUCGACAGGGAGCUGGCGUGGCACGACACGUCUCGUGGUUUUAGCUUCCGGUGGCAUGUUUCCUAG